CGCCUUCUCCGAUGUCUCCUUCGGCCGCAGCAGGUGCCUCCGCAAGCGCUCGGAAUGCUACGUACGCUACUCGACUUGCCUCGCUCAGCGGCUCGUGCCGAAGGCCGAUGCGGGAAGGGAGCGCAGCGUUGCACGGGCAUGCCAUGGCCGUCUCGUGCUGCACGAGCGUGACACGUGCCGCGCCAUCGCUGCAGGGCUGUUCCUGCUUUCCCCGCGACGCUGGCAAGGCCGAGUCUCGGCUUCUGUGCUAGCGUCUCUUCCGAC